UAACCAUGAUCAGAGUGCCACUAGCUAGAGGGGAAGAAAGAAGCAGGUGGCAGAUCUUGUCUAGUAGUAACUGCUGUACAACAUUUCCAGUAUUUUUCAUUAUAAUGGAGACAGCAUUCGCCUUGGGAUUGAUCCUGCUCUUAUAUAGUGCUGCUACUAUAACAGCACGGCCAAAUGCAGGAGCACGGUCUGCCGAAGAAGAGACCAAUUUCGAAACAAUGGUUCGGUUUUUGGUCAAGAAGCUCAAUUCGAAUGAACACCUACUACAACUCUUGGAACAUAGAUUUGAGAAGAUGUCUGGAAAUGUAAAAGUACACGCCUUACUAUUACAAAGACUCAAGAACGAACUCAAAAGUUACAGAGCAAGAAAGCAGAAACUAAGUGGAAACCUAACUACUAAGGAUAAUACCUUUUAUUCUGAUGGCACAAAUAAACGGAGAGUACUGCAUAGAGCAAGACGGCAGGCAGCUUACAGUUUUUUAAGCCCAGAGAUUCUUGAAACCCUUGCACAACAAGAAAGAAUCGGUGUCAAUGACACACCCAUGGUGUUUGCCAGUGAUUCACCACCUUUAUUUCCUCAGGAGCUGCUUUUCGAGAGUGCACCAAACGUGCAGAGCACGCCAGAAGAAAACCUUGGGGAAACUACCGAAACUGUUACGGUUAGCACAGCUCCUCCUUCGACAAGUCCCACGGCAGAACUGAGACUUAGACUACAUCGUAAAGUAGAUAGCAACCCAGCCGAUACCCAAAGUCAAGGACAACCACAACCACAGCCACAACUUCAAGAACAACCUCAACCUCAACAACAACAACCACCACCUCAACAACGACAACAACAACAACAACAGCCACAGCAACAACAACAACAACAACAGCAACAACACCGAGGUUCAGACAAUUUUGUUUUGCUACAACCAAGAGCAACUCCACAACCAGGUGUACCCAAGGAAGCUGAUGAAGAAUACGAGGCAGGAGAUAGUUAUUCAUCAGCAGGUCAUUCUUGGAGUAAAUUCAAUAAAUCUGAAAAGAGCUCAGGCUCGGGACAGCGAACUGAACCAGAUGAAAUGGAACAUGGAACCAAGAAAAGCUCUGAGGCAGAUGAACACCGUAAAACUAGGUUCAAUACUCAUUCACGUCUAUUUGGAAAGCAGCAUGGAAACAAAAGGAACUUCAAAGGCCCUCAAAAAAAAGACAGUGAUUAUGAGGUCUCUGACAAAGAAGAACGGACAUUUGUUCGUAGUAGUGAAUAUGAAAACUCAGAAACAAAUGGAUUAUCAAGGAAACGGCGAUUUCAACCAAUGGCCAUUCGUGCUCACGAUCCAAGAGUUGAUUAUACACCUGAAAUGAAUUAUCCUUUGCAACCAGACAAAGGCCAGGAAACAGAAGAAAAUCAACCUUCUGAAAAUGGAAAAUCUGGUAAUGCUGGCAUUGUUUGGAUUUCAAAAGACAGUCGGAAUGAACUGGGUACAAUAGAACCAGAAACAAGAUCCGGACAGCAAAAUUCUCAAGAUAACUUAACAAUUUUUCAAAGAAUUGAUGGUUCUUCUCAAGAUUAUCCAGGAAAUAAAGAAUCAGGAGCAACCAACAAACAAGAAACAGAUGAGUCUAAAACAGCACAGAGUGAAACUGGAGAACAGGCAGGUCAGGAACAACAAGGCCAGCAAGAGGCAGAUACAACAGACACGAAAGGAAGUAACUCACAGAACCAGCCAGGAACUGACGAUCAUAAAACACCUUAUCUUUACCCAGGAAUAGAUGAACAUGGAAUCCCACAUGCUUACCCUGGUGUAGAUGAACAUGGAAUCCCACAUCUCUACCCAGGAAUUGACGAGCAUGGCAUCCCGCAUCUUUAUUCUGGUAUAGAUGGAUAUGGAAUUCCAUAUGGAGGCCAAGUUGGCGAGGAGUACGGGACUCAUCUGCUGCCUAUUGAAGAAGGCAACAAUCACAAACAUAAUGUGCCAACUGGUGUGCAAAAUGGCAUGAUAGACAAGAACAGAUAUGAAGGGAUGUAUCCAGGUGACGGUUUUCUAAGCCCUCCAUAUGGUGCAGAAAACUAUUUGGACUUUCCACUUGAUGGCGAAGCUGGUCAGAUGAACAUUCCAGAGGACGAAGAAAAAAAAGAUGGAUCUGAUGAAAGCAGUGAUGAAGAUACUAAAGGCGCAGCAUUGUCUCACAGUAAAUACGGUGGAGUUAGACACAUGGAAAGACUAAGAGCAGGAGAUAUUAUAUCCUCAGCAGAAAGACCAGCAUUUAAUAUGGAUCUUUAUCCAGCAGAAUCAAACACCUUGGCCGAUAACAGUGCACAAGGGGACAAAGACUCGGAAGAAUCUGGAGAAGCACCAACUAACAACGGCAGAAGUUAUCAUGGUGAUUACCACGACCCGGUCAACAGUCAAUUGUUUAUGUUUAACAAAGAAUAUCCCGACAAGAAUUUGUUGCUGCACAAGAUUCAAAUGGCUGCCAAUCAAAGGAAUCCGAUAUAUUCAGGAAUAGAUCCAGAUGAAAAUCAAAGUGCUGACAAACAGAACAUGAAUUAUGGCAGACCAAACUACAACAUAAAUCAAAGGCAUGAAAGCAAUCCUGGCAGGUAUUUACCUAAUUUACCUAAUUCAAACAGACAAGGAUUUAAUAGGGAUUUUAGACGUCGCAAUUUUGACGUGAUGAAUAGAGGAAUUCAUGAUACAACAUCCAAUCGAUUUGGAUAUGGCACAAUGUCGGAUCACUCGGGUUACGACAAAGGUUUUGAUCGGUUAAACUAUGAGUCUAGAUUGUUUGGUAAACCCUUUUACAACACAAAUCCAAAGGGAUACUAUCACAAUCAAAACAGGGGUUACAACAACAACCCUUUCUCUAAUUACAACAGUCAACCAAACUACAAUAUGGGGUCGAAAAGAGGUAGACAUAUGAUCCAAUCUAACAGCAGGUCAAAUGUCCAUUCUAUGCAGAGGAUGCAUAAUCUACCAUUCAGCAGAUAUAAUACCAAAAGUGGAUACAAUGCAGAGCACAAUUACAAUAACAACCAAUAUUACGAUAUUGGAAGAAGCAACCGAGUAGAAAGCAGCUACACAUCGCACACCAGAGGUACUGCCUAUCCAGCUUCAGACGAACAAGAUGAGAUAUUUGGCACCGACGCCUAUUACAACAACGACAGUGGAGAAGUAAGAGAUGAGCGAAAGAGCAAUGCCAAUACCAACAGCAACAACAAAAACAACAACAACUACAGCAACAAUAGCAACAAAAAUAACAACACACAUUAUGACAGUGCUGAGAGAAGAAACAUCAAUAAUUUUAUGUAUUAAGAUAUUUGCAUUCUGAUGAGUUAGCUUCUGCCCAGCUGUUAACAUGAAUGACCAACACAAGAAAAUGUGAGAUUUUGCUACCAAACAGAUCACAACUGAAGUAAAAACCUCAACCUUAUUUAUCAAUACACCCGACCAGAAUAUAUAUUUUUUUAAAUAUGAACCAAUGGAGAAGCCUCUACAUGGUCAUUCAGUUUGCUAGAGAUAUCAGCCAAAUCCCAACUGUCAUCUUUAAAAAGGAAGUACACUCUGGACAAUGUAGUGCCAGACAUACAAAGGAAGAGAACAGAGACCUUUUAUUGUAGUUGCUUGAUCAGGGCUACACAACAAUUAAGAACAACACCUAUCAUAUAUCCAGAAUACCCAACCUACAACAAAAACAAUAAUAAUCUUGCUGGUUACCGAUCGAUAGAUUUUUUUUGAUUGAUCAACACAAAACAAAGGAAGGAGGAUAAAACACACAGCAAUAAAAAAAAAAGUUUGAAAAGCAAAAAAAAAUAUUUUUAAAUUGGAAGAACAACAAAUAUAAUAAAGUUGCAAAAAAAAAAAAGCUGAUUUUUCAAGGCAAUAAAAUCAUUGGUUUAACGGAAGUAUACAAGGUUGUAGAGUCUAAAGAUUAUGGACUAUAACCAAAGACUGUUCAUUUCAUAUGAUAAUUAUUCUCAAUGGGAAAAGGACAGAUGUUAUGUACCAUAUAUACUCAUGUAUAGUUUACCCCCCAAUUUUGCAUACAGCAUUCUUGGUUCAGUACUUGACUUACAUAUAUAUAUAUAUCACAGGCUGUGUUAAUUAAUAAUUAAUACUGCUUAUAAUACGUUUGGAUGAAAUUUCUAUCAAAAUGUUCAAAACUAAACAUUGUAUUUUUCAUCACAACAUAUCAAACAUGUAAACCAUAUCUGUUUUGUAGCUCUUAACAAAUUAAACCCAUCUAAGUGAAUUCUUAA